AUGGCCGAGAUCAAGAUUGACAGCAAACUCUUCCAGGAGCGCAUUUCGCACUUCGCCACAGCCUGGAAGAAUGACCUACGCUCCAAGGAUGGCCUAUUCAACGGCGCCCAGUCUCUAGUGGUGAUGAUGGGCAAGGUUGAGGAGGUCCCCGAAUUCCACAAGAACAAUGCGAUUCACUUCUGGCUUCUUGGAUACGAAUUUCCAACAACCCUGAUGUUAUUUACGCUCGACACUCUAUACAUUCUCACAACCGCAAAGAAAGCCAAACAUCUCGAACAGCUCAAAGGCGGCCGAUUCCCGAUCGAAGUGCUCGUGCGAGGCAAAGACGCUGCGGAGAAUGAGAAGCUUUUCGUCAAGCUCACCGAUAAGAUUAAGGAGGCAGGAAACAAGGUUGGCACAAUCGCCAAAGACACCUCCCGAGGACCCUUCGUCGACGAGUGGAAGAAGGUGUUGGCCGAACACUGUAAGGAGGUUUCCCAGGUCGACAUCUCAGCAGCCCUUUCCACCUACGCCUUUGCCGUCAAGGAUGAGAGUGAACUCCGAGCGAUGCGAACUGCCUCCAAGGCCUGUGUUGCCUUGAUGACCCCCUACUUCCUCGACGAGAUGUCCAACAUUCUUGACGCCGAAAAGAAAGUCAAGCAUUCCAUGUUGGCCGACAAGGUCGACAAGAAGCUGGACGAUACCUCAUUCUGGAAGACUGUGCAACUUCCCAGCAAGGGCAAGCUUCCUUCUGAUCUCGAUCCCGCUCAGCUGGACUGGAUUCUGGGACCAGCGAUCCAGAGUGGUGGCAAGUACGAUCUUAGGUUCGCGGGCGAGUCCAACGACGACAACCUCCACGCAGGCAUCAUCAUUGCCGCUAUGGGUCUCCGAUACAAGUCUUACUGCUCGACUAUUGCACGAACAUACCUCGUCGACCCCAACAAAGCUCAAGAGAGCAGCUACAAACUCCUCACUCUAAUUCACAACACCAUCAUCAAGGAAAUUCGUGAUGGCAUGACGGCAAAGGAGGUGUACGGAAGGGCUGUUGGUAUCAUCAAGAGCAAGAAGCCGGAAAUGGAGAAGCAUUUCCUCAAGAAUGUCGGUUGGGGUGUCGGAUUGGAGAACAAGGACCCCACCCUCGUUCUCAACGCGAAGAACCAGAGAGUUCUGAAGGACGGCAUGACCCUUAUCAUCAACACAGGUUUCCAAGAUAUCGAGAACCCACACCCUCAGGACAAGAACAGCAAAGUCUACGCCUUGGUCCUGACUGAUACCAUCAGAGUUACUUCGUCAGAGCCUGUGGUUUUCACUGCCGAGGCGCCCACAAGUGCCGAUGCCAACUCUUUCUUCUUUAAGGACGACGAGGAAGCCGAGCCUGCUCCCAAGAAAGAGAAGAAGGACUCACGUGUUGGCGCUGUUGCAACCAAGAACAUCACAACCACAAGACUUCGCUCAGAACGCACAACUCAGGUCGCUAAUGACGAUAUCGAGAAGAAGCGACGUGAGCAUCAAAAAGAACUUGCAGCCAAGAAGCAAAGGGAAGGUCUCGCGAGAUUCUCCGAAUCCACAAAUGAUCAGAACGGAGGCGAGGUUAAGAAGUUCAAGCGCUUCGAGUCCUACAAGAGAGACAACCAGUUUCCCGUCAAGAUCAAGAAUCUUGAGGUUGUUGUUGACAGCAAGAACAGCACAGUCGUUUUGCCUAUCAUGGGACGUCCUGUGCCUUUCCAUAUUAACACCAUCAAGAAUGCCAGUAAGAGCGACGAAGGUGAAUGGUCUUUCUUGCGUAUCAACUUCCUGUCCCCUGGUCAGGGUGUAGGUAGGAAGGAUGACCAGCCUUUCGAGGAUGCCUCGGCGCAUUUUGUGCGAAGUUUGACCUUCCGAUCGUCCGAUGGUGAGAGAUACAACGAAAUAGCAACUCAAAUCUCCAACAUGAAGCGCGAUGUAGUCAAGAAGGAGCAGGAGAAGAAGGAUAUGGAGGACGUCGUUGAGCAGGAUAAACUUGUCGAGAUAAGAAACCGACGUCCGGCUGUAUUGGACAACGUCUAUAUUCGCCCUGCUAUGGAGGGCAAGCGAGUCCCAGGAAAGGUUGAGAUCCACCAGAACGGUAUUCGAUACAUCUCACCCCUGAACGCUCAGCACAGAGUAGAUGUACUAUUCUCAAACGUCAAGCACCUUUUCUUCCAGCCUUGCCAGCAUGAGUUGAUCGUCAUCAUUCACAUUCACCUCAAGGAUCCUAUUAUUGUCGGCAACAAGAAGAAGACAAAGGAUGUCCAAUUCUACCGAGAAGCGACAGACAUCCAGUUCGAUGAAACGGGCAACCGCAAGCGCAAGUACCGAUAUGGCGACGAAGACGAGUUCGAGGCAGAGCAGGAGGAGCGCCGACGAAGAGCUGAGUUGGACCGCCUGUUCCAGGGCUUCGCGCAAAAGAUCGCUGAGGCUGGCCGAAACGAAGGUAUCGAGGUUGACAUGCCUAUCCGCGAACUCGGAUUCCACGGCGUGCCAUUCCGAAGCAACGUCUUUGUUCAGCCCACCACCGACUGUCUUAUUCAGGUUGUCGAGCCUCCCUUCAUGGUUAUCACCAUUGAGGAAGUUGAAAUCGCCCAUCUGGAACGUGUGCAGUUCGGGUUGAAGAAUUUUGACAUGGUCUUUGUCUUCAAGGACUUUACACGAGCUCCUUACCACGUCAACACUAUUCCCGUCGAGUUUCUCGACCAAGUUAAGGAUUACCUUGACUCUUCAGAUAUCGCCUACACAGAAGGUCCCCUUAACCUCAACUGGCCGACCAUCAUGAAGACUGUCACAGCAGACACCCACCAGUUCUUUGCCGACGGUGGUUGGUCCUUCCUACAGGCUGAUUCAGAUGAUGACGGAGGUGACCCGUCUGACGAGGAGUCUGCUUUCGAGAUGGAUGAGGAUGAGUUCGAUGAGGAGUCCGAAUCCAGCGACGAAGGCUCUGACUUUGGCAGCAAUGCUAGCGACGAUGAAGGCUCUGACGCUGAGCUCGACAGUGAGGAUGAGGGUGAAGACUGGGAUGAACUAGAGCGCAAAGCCAAGAAGAGAGACCGUGAGAGCGCCAUGGAGGAGGAAGACCGCGGUGCUAAUAAGAAGAAGCAGCGCAAGCGCUAA